CGGCGUACACCCGCGAAAAAGGCAUCGAAAUCGAAGGAAAAUGGGUGUCGCCGCAUCGUCGCACAGCCUCGGCGACGACAGCCAUCGCGCUCUCGUCUCCGAGUACGUCCUCCAGAGCAUCAAGACGCUCGAAGAGAGCUGGAGCAUCUACCGGGACGAGGUCCGCUCGGCGCGACUCUUGACGUCAACUCAAUUCGACGAGGUGUUUGGCAUUGUCGUGCAAGACGCCGAGCCACACUUUCAGCUCUUUGAGCACGGGCACGCCGACACGCCCGUCGUUGUCGCGGCUGAAGUCUUCAUCGGCAUCUGCCUCGCGCUGCCCGUCGACAUCAAACUCAAGCUCACGUUUCUCUGCCGCAUGUACCUCGCCGACCCGAGCGACGUGUACAUUGCUAGCCACGUUAAAGUGGGUAUUUACCGCGAUUUCGUGGCGGCGAUCACCAAGGUGCUGCGCGUAACCGAGCCGCCGUCGACCGAAGUGAUCAGCGCCGUCGAAAGUCUCUUGCGCGACAACAACGACGACUCCAAGCACGUGACGAUCAAAGAAGCCACCGAGAUCGCACUGACACACCCUGCAAUGUGCUUGUGCUUUGAAGAAAUCGAGACGCUCUUCGCAGGCCUUCGCGACGCGCAGCUUAAAGCUACGAAGCCCAGCGUCUACGACCCGUCGUUCGACGACAGCGACGUUCCCGACACGCCGGUUCCUCCGCCGCACGAGCCGCUCUGGCGCACCAAGAUUCGUGAUAUUGGUCGGCUGCCGUGUACGACGCAAAUUGUGCUGGAGCUACCGGACGAUACGCACGCGUUCCUGGCUCUCAAGCAGCUGCAACUCAACAAGACCGACUUUGCCCUUGUCUACGAGCGCGGCAAGACGACCAAAACGGGCGGCAAUGUGGUGCUCGGCGUUGUCGACUGCGCCCUCUUUGUCAAGUGCAUGCUCACGUUCAUGCCACCGCUCGAAAUGGACAUGCAGCGUCUGGGUCCCUACUUGUUCAACCAGAAGAAGCUGGCAGACAUGCAAGUCCUCAAGUUUGAGAGCUAUGCGGUGGACGCGGGUCGGCGCUUUGCGAUGCUCGCGCUUCGCGACGUCUUGCGCAUGGCGAACGAAGCGACCGCGUCGGCGCCAGGACCUCGCGCCAUGUACAGCGACGACUUUGCCUUCAACUUGAUCUACCGACUCGCAACCCGCGAUACGUACAUCCCGAUGGUCCUGAGCCCGACGCAUGCAGUCGACGUUCUUGGCGUGCUCUCGCCUCGGGACGUGCUGCGCUUCGUCCUGGAAGAUGUCUCGCUGCUAGGGGAGUACGCCCACCGACCGAUCAGCGACUUCGUGUUUCAACCUUUGGCACUGCGUCGGCCGUCGAGCAGCAUGCUCGAGGCGUUCCAGCUCCUCCGCGCACGCAACCUCUCGGGCCUGCUUCUGCUCAACGAUGACGGCAAGGACGAUGCGUACUCGACGUUUGGCUGGUCGGAUAUCCUCGAACUCGUCGAGAACUGGCCGCCCCGCACGGACGCUGGCGUCGUCUUGCCGACAAGCAUCUCGCUCUCGACGCCGCUGCCCAACUUUGGCUACUUGCUGCGUCCGAUUGGCCAUGUGCUCAAGAACAAACCACUGCAUACGGUGCCAUCGACUUGCUCGUUGGUGAAAGCUGUCUCGGAGCUCUACACGCGCAACGCGUCACGCCUCUAUGUCCGGGCAAUGAGCCAAGACAUUAUCGGGGUGGUGCGGGCCACGGAUGUGCUGCGGCUGCUCCUCCAGGUCCAAGCCCACAAACGUAGCAGUUGAGCUUUAGAGAUAACUGAAGCUUGAAUGUCAUAUUCAAGAAGA